AAGCAUAGAUUCUGGACCCACGUGCCCUGGGGGGUAGACUCCUUCGGCUGUGCAGAGUGGACAGGUUGCAGUCUUGCUGACCUGCUGAAGGAAGCGGGUCUGAAGCCUGGGGCAAAGCAGGUCAUCUUCACCGGUGCAGACAAGGGCGUCGAGGGCGGCAAGGUGCAGCAUUUCCAGCGCUCCCUCUCUGUAGAUGAUGCCCUCCUGGGCCACGUCAUGCUGGUCUAUCGCAUGAACGGUGAAGACCUGAAGCCUGCGCAUGGGGCGCCCUUGCGCAUCAUUGUCCCCGGCUGGUAUGGCAUGGCCUCAGUGAAAUGGCUGACGAGUAUUGAAGUCACAGAGGGCGGAUGGUGGGGACACCAGAUGGAGGCUUAUUCCUUCCGGCGAGCGGCCGAUGAUCCCGGCCGUGUGCCCCUCACGCAACUGCCGGUGCGUGCCCUGAUGGCCCCACCAGGCUUUCCUGACUUCUUUUCGCGGGCGCGGGUGGUCGCUCCCGGCACACAUCGGGUCGUGGGGAAGGUCUGGGCUGGCGCAGUCGGAAUCGACCGCGUGGAGUUCUCCGCUGACCAUGGGAAGACUUGGGCCAAUGCCACUUUGGAGAGGAAGACCGGCCUAUUUGGGUGGGCUACGUGGCAUUAUGAUUGGGUAACUCCUGCAGAGGGCACCUGCAUCUUGAAGUGCCGUGGUUUCGAUACCAAGGGACGGAGCCAGGACGAGCCUGGCGACGAUGAUUUCAACUGGACGGGCAUGGGAGACACGCAGCCCCAGAUG